AUGGCAGCGGUAGACGUGGAUGUCGUAGAGAGUGCUUUGAGAGAUGUGAGUUUAUCUAGUGGUAGAGAAACUGUUUUAAAACCAGAGCAAGAAUCAGUAGUAAGGGAUCUUUUAGCCGACAGAGAUGUUCUGGCAGUUUUGCGGACCGGAUACGGCAAGAGUUUAAUUUACCAAACGUUUGUACGCGCGAAGAACUACGAGCUAAAUGGUAAUGCGGCGAUUCUCGUCAUUUCGCCAAUGAAAAGUAUUAUCGAAGACCAGUUGCAGGAGAUGGAAUUGUUGGGCUACCCAGCGAAAGAUUUAGCCAAUUUAUCGAACGAUGACAUUCGCCGAUGUAACUUAGCAAUAAAAGAAGGUGGUUUUACCUCACGCCAAAAUGCUGCUUAUUCCAAUAAAGUUGUUUUUAUCUGCUGGGUAGAUUAUGCUCUGGAAGGUUCUGCAUUUAUAUACCCUGGUCCCAGAGGUUUUUCUUGAUUUUUCUUCGCGAAAGAGAUCAAGACUAGCCGCGAAGCGGCGACAACGAGUCGCGAAAGCGAUGAGGAGAGAGAGAAAAACCUCUGGUUACCUUGGCCUUGAAUCUCACUUUCAUGCAGACGACAGCUGUCAAACACGUCAAAUUGCUAAUAAAAAGAGUGACCAAUGGCAAUUUAGCAAACACGUGCUUAUCAGCCGCUAUUUUUUUAACCGGGGUAGACCUGGGGAAAUUAUGUUAUGAACAAACCAUCUCCACUUGGGUGGUAAAGAGUGAUUUGUUAAUCGGGGUCAAGCUAAAGCAUGUGUUAACGAUGGGCGACAAGAGUCCAGGAAUAAGAACACCACUUGAUAAAGAAACCAACAUUGUUCCAAACGACUGCUGCAGGAUUUGCAGAAUUUAUGUAAAAAUAAGUGGCUGAUCUAAAAUCAACAUUUUUGGGUAUAAUAACAAGGAUUUUUCAGAAACAUUGUCAUCUGUUCUGUCGGCUGUGUACAUGACUCAACGGGAUUAUCUCUCAGAAGUGCCAGCGCGAAGUUCCCUCCAAAAUAGUAAUAUUAAUAUGUAUUCUGGCAAUCUGGCUCGCGUUUUGGUUUAGCGGCUCCAUUUCCUUUUUUUUGUGGAACAACGGCGCUAGGAAGAGUCAUGCAGCGCAACAAACCCUUAAGGUUCGGAAUGUACUUUCAGAGGUUUUUGUAGACCCAAUGCCAACAAUAACGUUGGUUAGAUCUUUAAAGAUAAAUAUUGGGCGUCGCAGGAAAAUGCAACCUGCACCGAAAAUGAUUACGUACUUGUACAAAGUUGUAUGUUUUUUUUUCCUACAAGGAAACCUUCAUUCCGUAUUCGGAGAUUUAUAUUUUGCUGCCCUAAACAAGUUAGUUUAUUUAAUGGAAUGACAGUAUUGUAACAGAAAAUGGUAAAUACAUCGAGACACGAGAUACUGGUCGUCAACGUCUGGACUGCUAAAACUGGUAGACGCCACGGUUUCGCAGUUCGCGGAUAUGCGAGUCCACAAGAGACUUGAGAGGACAGAGAACCAAAAUUAUUGCAUGGCGAGGGUAUGAGUAGCCUCUUAAGGAAAGGUACUUGCAAACAGCAGGUAACGACUGAAAUAUUAUAUACUUUCCAUGUCAGGUUGAUAAAAUGGUGAACACAUCCUUUCGACUCAACGCGGCGAACAAAGCUUUCUUUUUUUGCUCAGUGUGACUCAGGAAAGCGUUCAUCAAGUACCAAGGUCAAAAUUUCUUCGAAUAUUCUUUCAGGAACAACAUCCAUGUCAAAAUCUCGAAAUAUGGCGUGCCUUUACGUGCCUUGGUCCCGUGCAAAUGUUAAUGCGAGUGCAGCAUACAACAAUUUUCUUCCCUGGUAGAGAGAGGCAAAAUGAGGUGUGAAAAUCCUCAGCGUCCCCUCGGUAGAUACAAUUAAACGAGCCAAUCAAAUUGGUUUGCGUGUUUGAAAAAAUAUGAACCAAUCAACGCCCGAGGGUCAGAUCCUGACCUUGUCGUCUGCAUGAAAGUGAGAUUCAAGGCCAAGGUAACCAGAGGUUUUUCUCUCUCUCCUCAUCGCUUUCGCGACUCUUUGUCGCCGCUUCGCGGCUAGUCUUGAUCUCUUUCGCGAAGAAAAAUCAUGAAAAACCUCUGGGACCAGGGUAGCAUUUAUACUGAGCAAAUGUUAUUUUAGCCGCAUGUUUCACACUGAGAGGUCAUGA